GGUUACAUCUUAACUCCAGCGUACGGGUCACAGACGAGCAAAGUGUUGCACCAGCGGCGUCUCGCAGUGUCCGCAGGCUCGGCAAACAUGACCGGAAAUGGAAUGAUGUUUCUUCUCCUCGGCCUCCUCGGCGUCAUUUUUAUCUCAUCGGCGGACGGCGGUUCCGGAGAAAAGCUCCUCUCCAGGAGAAAGCGCUACGUGGUUUUUCCGGAGGGUUCAAGUUUUUCCAUCGCUCUCUGCAUGACCGUGCACACCAUCACCUCCGACAAUAUUUUCACCGAAGGCCUCAAUUGGGGUGUCUCCUACGAUCUGCCGAACGAAAGCAAGCCCGCCCUCGAGCCCUUUCUCAACUUCAGAAAGGACAAGUUAGUCCCCGGGAAGUUCGCCUACAAGGAUCCGAAGAACGGGUAUACGAACGACCUGAAGUACGCGAGCUGGAACGAUGACAGGAAAUACUACGUAUCGAGUCCGAAGAGGUACUUCAAAUCGGACAAGUAUUACGUGCACAGAAGACACAGGAGGGAUCUCUACAACAAGUUGGAGGUGAUAAUGAACGCAAUGGGAUUCGAUGGAAGAACUUGCGUGCUAAGAGCGCUGUGCGAGGCGUCGCAGCGAUUGAUGCCCAAAGGGAACACCUUGAUCGAGGAAAUGAUGAGAAUCACUUUUUCAUUGCCACUGAAGAGGGUCUUCUCGUUUGAACCCCCGGAGCAUCACACCUACGACGCGGCGCAUCGCGCCGGUCACCAGGGUCGCGACUGUACGAGGAUGUUUCCCGCCUGCAGCUUCUCUUUGAUUGAUAUGGCCCUAGGAAAUUACAACAGCCCCGAGGCCAGUUACGACCAGAUUUCUAGCGACACCGGAAAUCUCGGAAAUCUCGCGAAUUCCAGAACGGAACCGCCGGGCGGAAGGUACAUCAUGAAGUGAGAUCGAGUGAAGCCAAGAUUGCAUCGACUUUGCGAUAUAAUGACACUAUAAAUUUUCUAUUUCAUAUAAAUAAUUGUACAUACAUAUAUAAUGUAAAUGACGCGAGGACUUUUUGAGACAUGUGCUCCUAAUUAACGCUGCUGCAAUUAGCGAUGAGUUGGAGUUAUGGAUUUCAUCUAUGUAAUGAAAGAAUAUCGCAGCCUGCGGUGUAACUUACCGUAUAACAACCGUCUGAAUAUAGUCCAUCUGGCCACUUUGGGUAAUUGAAAAAAUUAGACUUGGUAUGAUAUAACUAACAGUGUAGAAAGGUAAGGCAGAAAUUUUUUUUUUUUUUUAUAUAUCUUGCAAUCAGUAAUUACUUCAAUCGAAAUAAUCGUAAUGUAUGAUAAUGCCGUUAACUAAUCAGCGCGUAACGAAUUACCGCAAGAUAUAAUAAUCAUCAGGGUUGGAGUUCCUGGAUUUGUCCCUUGAGUUGAAUUUUAUUAUCAAAUUAACAACUUCCACUGGAAUAACAUCAGGCUUGGGAAAAUAUUUUAAUCCCACUGUGCAGACUUUGCGUCAGGGUGUGUAAGCGUGGAAUUAAUUGGCAUCCAUAUUCCGUAUAAACGUGCUGCAGCCUUACGUGUAUACAUAAUACAUAUGUAUAUACGUGUAUGAUUUCGGUGUUGGCAAACUAGUUGAAUAUAAUUAAUCACACGCGGUACUGCAGCGGGAGAAUGGGGGAGUGGACAGGGUGGCGGAACGAUAUAAUACAUAACACAUAAAUGCAGAGCAAUUCUAAUUUCAAAUAUUGCUUUAGUUUGGAACUUUGCCUCUCGCGAUGUUCCUCUAUAUUAUUAUGUACCUAACGAGAACUGCAAGCAGCGGUUCAUCGGACCGUAAGCCGCGCUAUUUUCGAUCUCUAAAACGUUGCGUUUUCAUUUUUCAUUUCUUCCCUGUCGCCAAUAAACAUUCGACGCUGUACGUUCCAAGAGACAAAGUUGACGAAGGUCUUUCGAUAUCGGUAAACGAUAUUUUCGUUGAUUGAAAAACGCUGCACUUAGGUCUUAUAAUAAUCGUCCGAGGAAUAUUAUAAUUGUUGACAUGUAUUGUGUAUAUAUAUAUAUAUAUACACAUUUAUAAAUAUAUAUGUAUACAAUAAUAUAUAUACUGAUGGUUAUUUUUUAAACAAGAAUUUUAACCGCACGUUUAUUUAAUCGUUUUACAUACGUGGAUAAGUGUGUUAGAAUCAUGUAGACGCUAGCUUACAAAUAAAGUCAUAGUUUAUCCAUAUACAAUGUUUAGAGUACUGGUUUCGAUUAGAUUGAUACUUUAUACAUAGCAUUCUUUUUAUUUCUUUUUUCUUUAUCGAUAUUUUACCUCGUUUUAUAUUCUUAUCUCCUUCCCCCAUCGUUUCUUUCCCUUUUAAUUUCCCCCUCAUAUUUGUUUUCUAUUCUUUUCUUUUAUCGGGAGCGGAAUAAUGUGAGGAAUAGACGGAUUUAAGUGCCAUUUGCCCGGACGCACUUCGGUCCAAGUAUACUAAUACAAACAUACGUUCACGUACCAACAGAUUAUACCGUUGCAGCACUGCGCCUGAAUUAUAUGAGUGUCAAAAAUACGUUCAGGAAUUACUAUU